AUGAAGGGCACCUCGAUUUUCCAGUUCAAAUCUUGGCCUAAGAUCCAUCAACCGUUGCCGCGAACUCCACGAGAGUCUCAGCAGCUUCUCAAUGCCCUCACGACCUCGUUCCGUCGUCAGUUAGACCGGGCCUAUCCCGCAGUCAGCAAUGACCGACCUCUCCCAAACCCCGAAUCAUCGGCGCAUGCAACCGACUUGCACCUGCAGAACAUCCUCGACAAUCCUCUUUUCCGGAUAGUCCCCGCAAAAACUAGCCCACAAGAAACUGCGGUCUUGCGUGGCCUCGAGGGACAGCGACGGCUAUCGGAAGAACCCAUGGUGGUGUUUGACGAACUCGCUGCCGCCGGUUCUGCCACUGCAGCCACUAUCAAUGACUGUCUUAAGUCCCAGCUUCUUCUUGCCAGGUCCCCGGAAGAUAUGAAAGCAUCCCGAGCUGCGGGGAGAAUCGUGGAUUGGUACUGGGCGUCAGAUGGUGCUUCCCGACAGUCACUUCUCCGCACUCGGUCAGCGACGAUCUCGUUGACCAAAUUCAUGGUUGCCGAGGGACUGCAAAGCACUGCUUUGAAGUGGCUGGAAGCACUCAUGAGCAAUGACCUAGGCAGCAAAAACGGCAAGAUGACUGAAGGCCUCGCCAGGCAAACGUUCAGUCAUCUCCUCGUCGAUCUUGUCGAUGCCGAAUUACACACCGGUAAUGGCUUUAGCUCCGCAAUUGCAACCUACCUGCGUGUAUGCCAAAUGCAUUUUCAAAGCACAUCUUCCCACAAGUCAAGGAAACCGAUGCUUCUGGCCGCGGGUGCUCACCUUAACCGUAUGGCCGUGGAGCAAAAUCCAACGGAAUAUGAGGUAUCAGAGGCAGUAUACGACCAUUUCAAAGACGUGGUUUCCGUGCUAUCUCCCCGAUCUUUGUUGGUAGCAUCGGUCGCCGUCUGUCAUCCAACAAACCCCGAUGCACGUCCCUUCCUGCAAUUCGUGGAUAAUUUGUCACCGAACAAGUUUCAAGCCUGGAACGAUGUCAGACGAGAUGCAUUCUUCGAUAUUGGCACCGAGGCUCUCCGAGUACUUGUUGAACAAAAGAGAUUUCGUGAUAUUUCCCGCCUGGAACAAAAUAUUUCAGCCAUGCUGCCGGAGAAGCCCGCGCCAUCAACUACCGAAAGAUCUGAUACACAUCUAUCCGACGCGGACCUCGCCCGCCUGAACUGGAACUUUACAUGA